AUGAUCCAGCUUCUACCUCUUGCUGUCUUCCUUGUCACAUCGGCAGUCGUCUUUGCUGCCAUCAAUGCUCUCAGGUCUUCGCGCCACCGUGCCAGAAUAUCACAGCAACUGGGGUGUCAAGCCGCCCCCAUGCAUCAUCACAACCUCCCCUUGGGCGCUGACACUGUCGUAAGACUGAUCCAGGCCGGCAAUCAGCAUAAAAUCCCGCAGGAAGUGGUAAAGCUCUAUGAGGAGACUGGACAUCCCACUUACAUGCAACGACUGCUAGGCUCAACUAUCAUCGUCACCCAUGAUCCGAAGAACAUCCAAGCUAUGCUUGCCACGCAGUUCCACGAUUUUGAACUUGGUGCUUGCAGGCGGAAUAUCUUUUCUCCCAUGCUGGGCAUCGGUAUCUUUACUGCAGACGGCAAGACCUGGGAGCAUGCCCGAGCAGCUUUAAGACCACAGUUCACCCGCGAUCAGGUAGCCGACCUGGACCUUGAAGAGAAACACGUACAAAUCCUGUUCAAACAUCUCCCCGUCGAUGCACUAGGAUGGACUGUCCCAACGGAUCUUGCGCCUAUCUUCUUCCGGCUGACCAUUGACUCUGCUACCGAGUUCCUGUUCGGGGACAGCAUCAACUCCCAACACGCAGCCCUAGCCCAGAACGAGUCCCUCCCACUAGCCUUCAACCACACCAACGUGGCAGAGUCUUUCGAUCAUGGAAUAUCUUGCUUGGGCAUCCGCACCCGACUGAGCACGCUUUAUUGGCUCUACAAUCCAUCCUCGUUCCGUGAAGCCAUCCGCGUGGUCCACGAUUUCGCAGACUACUGUAUCGAACGAGCAGCCACGACCAAUCCCUCCAGCGAGGAGAAAGAAAGUCGCUAUAUAUUUCUGAAAGAGCUCCUGAAGACCACAGACAACAAGGUCGAGGUUCGGACUCAACUUUUGCACAUCCUUCUCGCCGGUCGAGACACCACUGCUGGACUAUUGGGCUGGACGUUUUGGGAACUCGCGCGCCACCCAGAGGUGGUUCACAAACUUCGAGCCGCAGUCCUCGACACGUUCGGGCCAUACACCUCCGACAACAAGGACAUCACCUUUGCCAGGCUCAAAUCGUGCACCUACCUCCAACAUGUCCUGAAUGAAACGCUCCGCCUGUACCCGUCUGUCCCGCUGAACGGCCGCCAAGCGACCAAAGACACGACACUCCCACGAGGUGGCGGUCCCGACGGACUGAGCCCGGUCUUCGUCCGACGCGGACAGGAGGUGUCGUACUCCGUGUACGUGCUACACCGCCGCCGCGAUAUCUGGGGCCCGGAUGCCGACCAGUUUAUCCCAGAGCGCUGGUCCGCUCGAAGAUAUGGAUGGGAGUAUAUCCCGUUCAAUGGCGGGCCGCGCGUAUGUCUAGGCCAGCAGUUCGCUCUGACCGAGGCCGGCUAUGUCAUCUGUCGAGUUGUGCAGCGAUUCGAUGGCAUUGCGAAUUGCAAUGAAUCCGACGAAGAGCUGCAUAACUACAGCCUGACAACCUCUCCGAUGAGUGUGAGGGUCAGACUUCAUCAAGCUGCCUGA